AUGAUCAAAAUUGACAGAGUACUGGAGAUCAAUGUGCGGGAUUUCGCGCGCGACUUGAACGUUUUUUACAAGAAAAGUAAAGCCAUUCGGAACAUAGGACAGACGGAAAACUCUCGAAACAGACCCUGCUCCGACAGAAGAACGGUGUGCAAAUAUGGAGACACAGUCACCAUUUCUUUGGAAAGGCACAUAUUCAUUUGUGUGCGGCGAAGCAACACCUGGAGGGUGUUCCGGCAUAACAGUUCCCACAAAAUUGACAAAUGCGUCUGCAUUGGUGACUCGGACGUACUCGUCUUGCAGAGGAACAAUCACAUUUCCCUGCAGGCCUUCGAUCGUAUUAACAAGAAUAAACACUUAAACGAAAUAAGAUUGUUGAGGAGACAGGACCUCUCAUCGAAUGCCCUUUUCUUCUGCGUACAUAAGGGUUCCAUUUACAUUGUCGACCGAAAUGGGGCACUAUGGCAAACAGAUGUCAAAGACUGCCUGAACGGUGGCAUUUCCCCAAAGAAGAUCAAUCAUUUUAACUUCCAAAAAGGCAAUCAAGUGUAUUAUUUUAAGGUAAAAAAUGGGGACACCCUAAUUAUUGCUCACUGUGUUGACGAAGAGGGGAAGGAAGUCAACACAAUUAUGUACAACUUUGCCACUAAGCAGUUGGAGGAAAUUCGUUUGAGUGUUUCCCCUGGUGUUAACCUGGAGGAGAAAGCAAAAUAUAUUAACUGCCUCGAUUUUAACGACAACUACAUUGUAGUGUUGUUUAGCACAAAUGAAGUGGCCGUUUACCAGAAGGGGGGAAAGAUGAACAAAUACAAAUUUUUUAAAUACUUGGACAAAAAUAAAUCAAACGUCCUGAAAUAUUUUAAAAAUAAAAGCUUGCACGAAGUGGAGGAAUGUACAUCGGGUGACGCAUCUGAUGACGCAUCGGAUUGCCCAUCUAACGGCGCAGACAAGGUGAAAAGAAUUUCCUCCCUUCAAAUGUGUGAGGACAACACCCUGCUUCUAACAUACAGUGAGCGCUUCCUCCCCGACGCAGAGGACAAUGGGAGCAAUUACAAGUACAGCUCCCUCGUGAAGAGCGUCACAAGCAAGUUAAAUCUGUAUUGCAAUGAGAUAGAGAAUUUUUUUCUCUUGCGCUUUCUUUAUCAAGACAAGUUCAGCAAUAACUCCCUCCUGUACGACAUCAAUGAGCAAUUAAUUAAGAGGCAUAAUAUGCACAUGUGCUUUGUGAACCUACGGGGUGUCCGUACGAACACGGAGAGCAUUAACUUGGACGAUGGGAUUUACGCCCUGUAUGGAGAGACAAUUCAAAUUUUGAACAGCCGAUUGUCCAGGAUGGGAAGCUUUGCAGAUGAGGACAACUCGGCGGACUCCCCAAACGGAGCAGGCGCAGAACAAAAGAGACAAGAGAUUCUAACCCUAAGAGCAUACUUAGACGUGCACGACAUAAGUCAAAAUAAAAGAAAAAUAUUUAUAAACGCAUUAAGUGAGGACACCUCCGAAAAGGGCUUCAUGAACAUGGAUUUUUUAAAAGACAUAACAAAAAAUAAAAGUCGAUCCGAUGAUGUACAGCCGUGUAGCAACAUAUACCUGUGCAGUAUUGAUGACUACUACGUGAUUCUGGAAAAUACAGAAGACGAUUUUAAUUUAAUUUUGUAUAAAAUAAAAUUUCUGAACAUGUCGGAAUUUUUAAUUCAUUUAUUUUUUUAUAACUACCACGAUGCUGUGUUGGCAGCUGAGCAGAAUGGCAUGGCGUCUUUGCAUCAACUUUUCGUUUACUCCAUUUAUGACUACGGAGGGAGGUACUUCGAGGCCCCCCUGAGCGAUUUCCAGUGCCUCUUCCAAAUAAAAAACCUGUUUGACUUCCUGGAGAGAGCCGUGACGUACGACCCGUUUUUUUUCAGAGAAGAAGACGACCCAAACAUAAUCGAAAUGCUCAAUUUGAAAAACAACGGAAUCGGCCAGUACAAAUAUGUCCCUACCAAUCUUAACAAAAACGAGGAAAAUAAUAACUACCACAACAUGUUUUAUCUUCUGAACGAGUCAGGCGAUAAUGAGGUUACUUCCAAAUAUGUCAAUAACUAUUACAAUGUGAAAAGGGUAAGUAGUGCAAACUUGAUGCAGCAUGUCGACAUAAACAUACAGAUGCUCAAGUUGAAAACUGUGCUGUGUAUCUCCCUGCGAAGUGUCCUGUAUCUGUUGGGCGAUGCGCAGUCGGUUGGCGAGGUGAAGUCGUUUGGUGAUGUCAUAGUCACCUCCGACGAGAGCGACGAUGGGAACCACACCGAUGAAGAGAGCUACUUUCUAACCAGGUUGAUAAAAAAUAAGGUAAGGAAGCGCCGAAGGAAGAGACCACAGGGGGCCCGCAAAGGCAGACAAGCCACUAUGCAUAUGGAUGGCCACACAUCAGAACCUCCGAACGAGGGAGAGCCCCAAGACGAAAGCGACAGGGACGAUAAGAACAGCGGCAGCGGUUAUAGUGAGGAGAAGAAAAACCGAAUCAGCGAGAUAUGGGGACUUUCGAUCGACCAGGCAGAUUUAAGCGGAGUUGAGAGCAGCAGCAGCAGCGAAGCUGGUGAUAGCGUUCGAAGGGGGAAAGGAAGCAUCUCUGCGUCGAACUCACUGAAAAUACAUAAUGACGAAGUGAAGAGGAGAGUUCCCCACAGCAUAUUUCUCCACGACGUGGAUUACAACUCGUUCAGAGAGUUCCGCAAACCGGUAGAGAAAAACGAAAUUGUAAAAACGAAAUUGAAGCUGUACAGAAAGGAGAUACUGCGGCAGAUUUAUAAAUACAAAAUGUAUAGCUACCUCAUGAAGCUUCUGGAUCGAGAAAGACGUAAGGGAAGUAACCACUCGGGCUGUGACACCUCAAGGGGAGAAAACCAACACCCCCCCAAUUUAAACUCCGACAAGCACAACCGCUACAGUAAUAAAAAUAAACUGUCCGACAUUUUCAACAUGUUCAAAAAAAACAUAAAUGAUUCUACAAAGAUGGGAGAAGAAGACAAUAUGAACAGAACCGCCAGCAGCGAAGGGUUCACUCAAAGCAGUGCAGAAGUAAAAGCGUCCAACAUUUACAUCAUCAGCUGGACAAAAUUUAAGUACUACUACACCCCAUUCGAUAUUGUAAAAUAUUUUGUAAUAAACCAGAAUUAUGUCUUAGUGAAAAUUUUGUAUAAAUAUUUUCGUUUUUUUGUUAACCACAAUUGGCAAAGGAUAUUUGAUUACAUCCCGGUUAACACCAAAGUUGAGGAUUUUUUUCUUCUCCUCCCGAGGGUUAAAGCACCGGAGGGUAAUAAACUCCACCCUGGUGGGGGAGAGAGUCUUUUACCAGGGAAAGCUCUCCACGAUGAAUAUACACAUAAUAGAGUGUCUAACCCUGUUGACGAUGCAUGUGUUGAUGCGGGGGGGGGAACCAUCUGUCUUUCUUCCAACCUUGCAAAAAGGGAUGAAACGGAUGAGGAAGAAGAAUAUGCAAAGUGGACUCGAGAAAAUCAUCUCCCCAAAGGAUUUUCUAAUCAUUACGAAAUACACUCUGAUGAUCAUGCCUUUUUCGAGUUCUUCUUCAGCAGAUGCAUUGCCAUAAUGAAGAGAACCAGGUUGGUUAAGAGUCGCCUCCUGCCAUUCGUGUAUGUCUGUUUGCAACAGAUAAGUGGUGAUAACAUUUAUGAUCUUUUUAAAUACGACCCCGUUUUGAAGAGACUUACUUUUGACGAAUCGUAUUUUUGUCAAUCGUAUCCUUACCAAUCUGCCACUGUGCAAACCGUGUUACGGGUGGGGGAAGAAAAUCCUAGCGCUGUCACACGAGAUUCGAGGAAUACCCACAGUAGAGUUGCUCCAGGAAGGGAACAACUCGGUUUGCACAGGGAAAGCAGAGUCGAGGCUCCCAAUUUUGGUGAUCCCCUCUGGAUAAAGAAGAAUCUACAAGUACAGAUUAAAAAGGACAACAUUCCGAGGAAAAAUGUGCUCCUUAUAUACAGCUUCUUCACCCUCCUUAAGCAAUACGUGCUCUGCAAAGAGAAUCAUAAAAAUGUCAAGUUUGACGAUUUUGUACUUAUGGAUGUGUACACGCGGUUGUGUCUCAUCCUGGAGUUUGACAUAAAGUACAUGUCUUUGGAAUCAGACCAGGAUGGCUACAUAAAAGUCUUUUAUGACACUUUGGAGGAAUUUCUGAGCAACUACCAUUUCAUCGAUGAGCACAUCGCAUGUGCAGGAACAGACAAGUGCAGACUUUUCACAAAAGAGAUUGUCAAUUUGGUAUACGAAAAACCGAAGAACCUGCUGGAGAGCAUCUACUUCAAUCUGCUGUACUCCUCUCAACAGAUUUUUGUCCUAUUCUGUUUAAAGACAUUAAGACUGCUACAGGGGAGAAACGGUCACAACGGUGCUGAGCGAGAGGGGAAGGGGAAGAAGCAUAAUGCCACUUGGUCCAGCCACCUAACGUGGAGUGAAUGUUUCGGUCAACGGGAGAUUACGAUUGGAAGAAGUCCAAUCCGAGCAAGUGCAAAAGGAGUCCUAGGGCGAUAUACCCAAUCGAAGCGCAAAACUGAGCUUGACAAAAUUUUUGUUUUCCUAAAAUAUAUUUACUACGCGUACAAGCAUAGAGCCAUCCUGAGGAACGAUUACGAGUUUGCCGUUUUAUUUCUCGUCAUCUUCUACAAGUAUAUGCACAUUAACCUGUUGCACUUUAUUUCCAUUUUGGGCGAUUUUUACAACCUGUUGCCGAGACAGAUCGUGGAGGGCCCCAAUCAGGGGGUGGAGUCGCUACAAACAGGGACCUCCUCACAGGGGGAGGAGCUGUUCGAUCUGGGAGAACUCUUCCGCAGCGAGGAGUGCAACAACAAAGCGGUAAUUUAUGACGAACAUUUGAGCCGCAUUGUCGGGGACGACUGUGAAGACGCAGCGGGGGGAUGUCAAUCUUGGGGGAGCACAUCUGUCCAGGCUGCCUCCAUGGUGAACCCAUCUAGCGAGGCCACCCCCAUGGUGGAGAAACUCCUGGACGUUUUCGAAAAGGACCUGAACGCCCUGGAGCUGAUCAAAUAUUUGAAGAAAGACUUCGCGCAGCACGCAGAAGAUGAAAUCAAGGUAGAAAUCGACAUGAUUGUGAGCUCGCGAAAUAGUAAAACGAAGACUGUACUGAACAUUUUUACGUUAUUCAAGAAGAUAGUGACCUGCACGCAGUACAAAGAUACAAAUUUCACGAAGAACUGCUUCCAACUCUAUCAUAAUUUAUUUUACCUGGUGGAUAUUCACACCUUCUUUCACAUCCUCUUCUAUAUCAUCCUCUUCCAUUCCAACGACUUUGAAUAUUUAACCAACCUUUUGAGUUUUUUCCAGAGGUAUUACAAGGAGGGCAGUGGGGAGGGACCGCUCCAUACAGAGACACCGCCCUGUGGGGAAAGGUGGGGUGACCUCCUACAUUAUCUCCUCCUAAAUAGGGCAAAAGUAGUGACUAUUAACGAAAAUUUUGAGCACCUCUACAAAUUUCUAAAACAUAUAUACUCUAAGAGAAGGGAAGGGUUCCUGUCCCACUUGGCUGACCAGAGUAAAGACCUUCUCACGAACUUGAAGAUGCUGAGGUACAUGCAGAUCUUCGCAAAUCGAAAGGGAGAGAGAGAAAAGGAAAGUGGACCUUCCUCCAUGAGUCACUACGUGGCUAGACAGCAAACACAAAAGAGAGCAUCAAAUGAAGACAUAUACAAAUCGUUUUCAAAAUUAAUUUCUCAGUCGUAUGAAAGGAUUGCCCCGAACGAUGUGAACCUUGAGGAGGGGGCAAAGAAGAAGACGAGAAAUACUUACCGACCCCCUUUUUACAAGAACAUUCUUUACGACUCUUAUGUCAGGAUAGCCAUCGAAAAGAAUAGAUUUCACAUCUUCAGAAACGUAAUGCAGAACGAUCUUACAAUUUGCUACAAUCGACGGAGGACCCUAAAAUUGAUUAAACUUCUCCAAUUAGAAAAGGACCAUCUUAGGGAUUCUCUCCUCUUCGUUAUCUGCACCCUACAGCUACAUCGAAAGGUACAGAUUCUUCCCUUUUACUUGAUUCUUUUUCUCAUUUUAUUUCAAAAUGAUCAAUUGGGGAAGGACCAAAAGGGGGCUCUACACAAUGCCAUUAUGUACUACGCGGAAUGUUCCAACCGAUCUGCUAGCUACGUGUAUAAUUUCGGCAUGUCUCUCAUUGCUUACUUUUCUCUAAACCAUCCCGAGUGUAUUCCCCAUCUGUACAAAUCGGUUUUCUCCAAAAGGGAGUACUUCAAUCCUGCGACGAGACCCCCAAAGGGACAGAGACUAAACUGGAACAGCAUGCAUGAUAGCUUCCUCUCCCUGUAUGACUUUCUACAAGAUAGUAAAAUUAAGUCGCACAGGAGGAGUGAUGGAGAUCUCAGGAGCAACCAGGGCAGGAGUGGAGGCAAUAAUAAUUACCACCCGGGUGUUCUUCAAGAGGGGAGAGGAAACGCCACGGAGUGCCCUCUGCAGGGGGGAUCCGUCAGAAGUGAUCAGACAAGCAGGAACAUAAGUGAACUAACAAGUGAGCAUCCCCAUUUCGGAUCAGCGCGAGACCAUGACGCGGGGGAGAUGAACAGGAUUACAAAGGCAUUCUGUAAACUUACCGAAACGGCAGACGCUUCGAGGGGGAGACUCCGCAGUCAAAGGAACUACCAGAUCCCGCUGGAAGAACUUGUGCACACGGCGAGGGAGGAGCCCAUGGAUCCAUACGAGCACACCUUUGAUGAAGAAGAUUAUCUGGGCGAUGUAAAACUGCAAGUCGUAAUCGAAAUGUUCCAAGGGGAGAACAACCCCCUUGAGAAUCAAAUCGACGAAUGCGAUGAGAAGUGCGAUGGCAAAUGCGAUGACGAGUGCGAUAACGCAUGUGGAAAGAGCCCCGGAGAGAGCGGCCGGCGAAGGGGCGAAUCCAACCAAAGCAACAAAGAGUUGGACCAACUGGAGGACAUCUGCACGGGUACAGAUUUUGAGGAAAUGGGAAAGUCGUCUGGUGAAUCGGCCAGCGAAAGGGGCGCCGCUGAAGAGGGGGGAGCGCACAAAGGGAGUGACACGUGUGAAUCGGACGAUACGGAUGAAACGGGUGAAGCGGACGACACGGAUGACGCGAACCUAGCAAAUGACGAUCGCGGGAGGAGACACCUCAUGGACCACUCAGAGCGUCUAGCACGGGGGAACCCCCCCAAAGGGGGAAGCAGCGAGGAGGGCGAAGAAAUCCCCCAUAUGAUCCGACGGAGCAGCGCAUGGGGGAAGGAGGAAGCGGACUUCCCCUCUAAUGAUAUCUCCAGGCACACCCAACGAAAAGGAAAAAGAGAUUCACAAAGUAGGAAUGCCCUUACGUAUCUACUAAAGAAGGCGCGGAACCGGAUUAACAAGCACAACGUAGCGAAGUGGGACGUUGCCUAUAUCACCAGAACGGUGGAUGUUGUGAAGAGGGCCCUAAAGAGGAACGAAAAUAAACUGAAGGGAAUGGAUAGCACCUUACAUGUUCACCACUUCAACACGAGAGGGGAGGACCACUAUCAUCAGAAAGGAAAGACCGCCGAAAAAAGCAACAUAUAUAAUUCUCUCCUCAUAAGUGACCUCUACUUUGCAUUUCUGUACUUUCUACAAGUUGAGGAUUACUCAUUUAUCUACACCUUCGUGAAGAAGAUCAUUCUGAAUAAUUCAAUCCUGAUAGACAAAAAAAUGGGCAUUAUUGAGAGGCUACUGUUAAGUAUGUAUUCUUAUUAUGCACAGAUGGGAGAAGCAAAAGAGGAGGGAGUCCAUCCCGAAGCGUCAAAAGGAAUGCCCCCAUUUUUAAGAAAAAUCCUCAACAUUCUGGUAAUUACGAAAUAUUUGCUCCUCCAGUUGAAGGCCAACAAGUUAAGCAAAAUCGAUUUGCAGAAAAUUUUUGUCGAGGACAGCUAUAAAAAAGUGCUAGUGGAAAAAUUCGACAAAGAGAGGUGUGAGAAAAUUUUACAGGUUUUGAUUAAAGUAGGAGACAUUUCGAGGAUGGCUCUUCUCGAUAUGAACGUCCAUAUGGGAAGAAAUAACGACACUGUUGUGUAUGACUUACGAUGGCAAGAUGGACCCAAAGAAAUAGGUAGCAUGGUGCAAAAGCACCUCAGUGAGAAGAACACCAUUGCAGAAGACCUCAAUGACCAUAAGCGCUUUCAGUUUCUAUUCGAAAUUGAGGUGGAAAAACAAAUGAUUACUCACUUCCAGAGGAGUGAAAAGAAUGCUCUGCUGAUUUAUAUUACCACCCAUUUGGACUACCUCAAUUUUAACCUCCAUUUUGUGCGAAAGAUUGUCUUCUAUAUGUACGAGACGUGUCUAUACUUCCUCUGCCCGGCUGUCUACUUUUUGAGGACUUCCUUCUAUGACUUCAGCAUGGGAAAUCUCUUUUCUUCCCUCUCGCGGGUCGUGAAGAGGUUAUCUCGCCUAGAGGUGGUAACAAAAUUGCUCGAGCUGCGUUAUGUGUGGAUUUGUCUGGAAGCAGCCACAGCAGAUGUGAAGGAAGAGAAGAAGACCCCUACAGGAGACCUCCUACCACAGUGCAUCGAAGAAGGGGAACCAAGAGAAAGUCUCUCCAAAAUGAACGCAGCAAAAAUAUUGUACACUUCGAAUAUUUUAAACCCUUUCAAUUUUCACCUCAAGGAAGCACAGCCCGAUAACCCCGAAUUAGACCAACUCAUUUGCGACCACGUGAAGGAGGCACCAAAAGAAGUUCAAACGUAUAAGUUAGGAAAGGAGGGAGCAUACUGUUUGGUAACUUAUCUGUGGAAUAAAUUUAACAUAAUGCCGCAACUCCACGAUUUUUGUUUUCUGUUAAAAGGUCUAAAUGUUCAGUUGGACCCAUUUUACUAUGCCAGUGAGGAGAAUCACCAGGUGAUACAGGAACUCUUCGACGCUAGUGAGGACGACUAUGCCAAGCACUCCCUUCUUUUCACCCUACUGCAGAAUAGAGAUUGUAUUUACCCAUUUGAAAUUAAAAAGGUGAAAAACAAUUUGUCCCAUUUCUUCUAUACCAAUGAGAAGCACCACAAGUGCUUUCUCGAUUUUUACCUCUACCGCAAUGCACUAAAAAUGGGAAAUUUAAAAAAGGUGACAACACUUUUAUUUACGCACCUGCUGAAGCGCCCACUAAAUGACUUUUGUAGAAACAUCGAAUUCAACUUCACCAAAUGGAUGUUCCUAGACAGAAGGCGAAUGGAGAAAUUUUUGCACUUUUACAAUGUGAUGGACAGACUUGGGAUGGACAACCCUGGAGUUUUACUCCAAUUAGUUACCUAUAAUUUGUAUCGGGUGGAAUACCUUCUGUUUCUCCACCUGGUGCAGUGCGAUGGGGAAGGCGACCCUGCCUCAGCUAGCCGCGUACUCCUCAAACUUCUCAUGGUUCUGUUCUUCUCCUCACGCAAAAAUUCAGACGCAACAUUUUCAGUGAAUGAUUUUUUCUACUUUUGUGCCGCCGAGCCCCAAGGGGGAGGAGACUUGCCCACAUUGGAACAUUACUCCCCAGGGGAUAUAGCCCUCGAGGGGGAGUUCUGUCUGUAUGAUGACGUGGCGAUGGGGGGUGAAGAGGUGCACGAGGCGAGCGCAGUCGCCAAAGUUAGCCAAGUCAGCAGAGUAACCGAAGCGGAAGACCCCAAAGUGUUCAAAACCCGCAGCGGCAGUUCGGAGGAAACCGACGACGAGCUGUACAUUGACAAGCGCAUGGAGGUCCACGAUGACGGCGACGACAACUUUGCCGACAUCGUGGACGCCCAGAUGGAUGGCGCCGAGCAGAACUUUCAAGACAGUUCCUCCGUUGUAAGUAUACCCCUUAUAACUGUGAACGACGAAAGCACAUCCGCGGGCGAGCAUUACGCGUACACGGAUCAAGAAAAAAGCCUCAUCGCGGACAUAAACAAUUUUUUCCAAAAGGAUGACGGAGUUGGCGGCGCGGAAGACUGCGAGGAUGACAACGGGGUCCCACGGGGAAGAGGUAGUCCUGAGGUCAUCCAGGUCGAAGUGGACGAGAGGACCAUUGGCCAAAUUGAAAAGGGGUGCAAGGGGGAGCGGGGCGGAAAAGGCGAACAGGGCGAAAAGACCGAAGCGUCCGAACUGACUGAACUGACGAAGCACCACCAACUGCGCAACGCCGUGGUCUCCUUCUGCCGUCAACGCAUAACCCUCCAGGAGAUAAUAGAAAGGGUUAUAAGGAACGAACUCAAGGCAAUUUUGUUCCUCCGUUUUUCGAGCAGAGUAACUGUGUUCAGCUUGUAUGAUAAGGCAAAGCAGAUUGAUCACUUUCUUCGCAGCUUGGGUGGACGCAACGUCUUUUUCUCCCUCCAGAUGAUGGCAAUACUGCUGUUGAGGAAUAAAAGAAGGAGGUCGAGAAACAGGUUCAUUUUUCACUUUUUCGCGCUUCUGCACGUUUUGCACUUGGUCAGGGAGGGGAAAACUGGGCAGCAGAGUGAGCAUUCCAGUCAGCAUUCCAGUCAGCAGCUGGGUGGCCAGACGAGUGAAGAGCCACCACGGGGGCAGGACAGGGACCACACCUCGGGCACCCCCACAGAGGAUAACAUCCCCAACCAGGAUGACCACGUCCAGAACAAGCAGAGCCUCCUCAAAAGCUUAACGGUACUCCUCCUCAUUAACCUCAGUAAUAUAUUUCUACCUACUGUGAACAAGCUAUACUUCUUGGAAGAGAAACAACACGUACUGUUUGACAAUGAGAGGAAGGAGCUAUGCACGAAACACGACGUGGCGGAUUUUGUUCGUAUAAUUCUGAACCUAGUCGACGAGACGUAUGUUAAGGGUUAUGAAUUUGUUUACCUAAGUCUCCUCCUCUUGAUCGAGUAUGUAGUAGAGCUUCUAUGUGACGACAGCGACGUGGUAGUCCCCCCCACCAUGGCGCACAUCUUCAAAUGUAAGAAAGUGCAAAAAUUUCUCGACGAUUAUGCAAGAGGGUACCACUCUGCAGGGUAUGGGAAAACGGAGCAGGAGCAGGGGAAGACGGAACAGACGAAGCAAACGAAGCAGAUGAAGAGGAAUGUCUUCACCCAUUUCCUAAACCAGCAGGCAUAUGACCGGAUUAGAAGCAUGAUGAGCCGCAUUUACCUGAAACUCCUUUCCAACUGUGACAAGUCCAUUGUACUAGUCUGCAAAAUAGUCAUAGGGAAUAGGCUCAACUUGGAAGACGAAGUGGAAUUAUUUAAAAAAAUCAAAAGCACUAUACUGCUAUUUUUUACGUCCAAUUAUUCCCAAAUAAAAUCGAAUAAACAGAAGGUACUCCUACAGAGCAAGAUCAAGAGAGACACGAGUGACCUGUUCCAAACGAAGAUUGCUUCCUUCAUUAAGGUCCUCCUGGUGAUAAUGCAUUACAACAUUGAUUCGUUCAAAGACUGGGAAUAUUACGAAACCAUCAAACAGAUAAUCACCGAUGGAGAGUGGUUCCGCAUCUUUGACGCCAAGUACGCAAGGGAGUCCGUUGAGAUGAACUUUCUCUGCAAGAGGUACACCAGGAGAGGGCACCUCUACGGUGUGCAGGGAGGUGCACAGCUUAGUGCGCGGCGAUCUGCGGGGGUCACCACACCUAUGGAAGACACGCCCAACGUGGGAAAUAAUACCAACGAGGGUAUUAGCGAUAGUUCUGCUUCCCCACAUGCUCCAGCUCGCCACCUCGAGGUAGCGCAACCGCUAGAAGAGGAUGAUGACGAAGUAGCCCAUGUAGAAGACUCACAUAAUUCGGACACCUCCAAUGGUAGCUGUGCCAAAGUGAACAAAACAGUGCUCUUUUAUUUGCAAAGCUUCACAGACAGGGAGGAAAGUGCCACACAGAAGGAAGUCGACUCGGGGGAUACACAGGGAUUGCUAAGUUCCAAUGAAGUAGUGCAGGGAAAAUCCCCGUGGAGCAGCGGUUCCCUCGAUCGUAGCAAUGACCACCACGUAGGAGAACAAUUCGAAGGGGAAGAAUCGAGCAAUAAGACCGCUAACAAAUCGCAGACAGAGGAGGUGAUGUCCGAAGUUGUCCCUACCGCAAUGAAGGGGCUGUCACAACAAAGUUCAGGAAACAACCUCGUGGGACCACCCCACAACGGGGAUAAUGCCGUGCUCGAUGGUGGAACCCCCUAUGGAGAGCACCUCCAUGAAGAACACCUCCAGGAGGAAUACCCCCACGAGGAAGAUCCCUUCCAGUUUAACACUUCCAAGGUGCGCGAAACCAUCCUGAAUGAUUAUGGGAAAGGGUUCCUCUCCAAGUACAUAAACAAGCUUACCACGAAGGAGGAGUGCGAAGAGAGACUGAAGCAGGUGUGGAGGAAAUCCAAAAUGAUGGACCUAGUAAAGUAUGCAGCAUACAUUCUACGAUACUGGAACAUCGAAAUAGAGGAGUUGCAAAAAGGAGAAAGAGAAGAAGCGUUUCAAAUUUUAAUUUUUUUUGCAAACCAUUUUCAUUUCUUCGAGAAUUUAAUCAAGUAUAAAAUUGUCCUCAAGUUGUAUAUGCACAAUGAGCUGAACCUGGCGGACGAGCUGCUGGGGCAGAAGAGUAGGAUGUGGUCUUGGUACCGAAAUGACGUGAAGAUAAAAAGCUCCAUUGAGGAAUAUCUCAUGAAGGAUAUAUGCUACAAUGAUUUCUUCACUGGGAAGGGGAAUAACGAGACGUUUUUACGCUCAUUUAACCAAGUGUUAAGAAGAGACCACUGGACUAGUGGUCCGCUUUCACGUCGAGAGGGGGAACCCAUCCUCACGCCACCCACCAGCUGCUUCUACCUAAUGAACUAUCACAACAAUAAGUUUAACGGGGCAUUUUUCAAGAGCAUAUAUAUGCAGCACUAUUCCUUCAGGAAAUACUGCAAAGAUGCACGGGGUGGGAAACACUUAGGGGGAUAUCUCCCCAGGGAAACCCAGUUGGACACGGCAUCGGCUAGCCAUCCGGGGAAGCACACAACGGACAGCCAGGAAACAAAACAUAAUCAGCCAAAUGGGUCAAAUAAGCCAAAUCAUACGUACCACUUGCGUCAUGUGCAGGGUCACUCCCCUAAAGAGGAGUCCUCAACCCAAAAGAGCACAAACCACUUCCCCUUGUUCUACCUCUCCUUCAUGGACCUCUACGCACGCACCGCAGACGUUUACGACUUCUACUUCCAGGCAGUCAUCUUCAAGUUAAUGAAAGAGGAGGAGCUACACCUCACCAAAGCGAAAGAGUAUCAGGAAGAUCUACAAACAUAUCUCCAGAACAUGUUAAAUCAGUACGACUUAUAUUUGAUGCUUCUCCAUUACCAGCUAUUUACCUUCCAUUCUGUUUGUUCCAACAACACGUGCACGAAUUUUCUCAAUCGGCGUGAACAGAAGUUGGUUCUCUAUCUCUGGGUCAGACUUACCCAAGACCUAAUGAAGAAGUACCGGUAG